GAGAUUACGAAGUUUCCUGAAGUUGCGGCCAUGGAAGAAGAGGCGGGAGCUUAAGCAGAAGCAGGAAGAUGGGAGACGAGACCUUGGUGGAAGCGGCGCUGCGAGUCCUCAAUACUUCCGAUCCCUACGAGAAGGCCGAGCUCGGCGACUCCGUCGCUUCUCGAUGGCUUAGCGGCGCCAUUUCCCUCCCUUACGAUCCCUCCGUCGAUCUUCAGGUCCCCGAUCGCCCCGCCAGGCUUUCCGAUGUGAAGUUGGUAUCGCCGAGUCUCAUGCCGAAGCUGGGCAGGGCCGGGAGCUUACACAGUCGGCAGGCUAUUGUGCAUAGUCUCGUCCACACUGAAAGUUGGGCUAUCGAUUUGUCGUGGGACAUAAUAGCUCGGUUUGGAAAACAAGAAGGAAUGCCAAGAGAGUUCUUCACUGAUUUUGUUAGGGUAGCUCAGGAUGAAGGUAGGCAUUUUACACUUCUGGCUGCACGACUCAAGGAACUGGGCUCUUUCUAUGGAGCACUCCCCGCUCAUGAUGGCCUUUGGGAUUCUGCUACUGCUACUUCCAAGGAUUUAUUAGCACGCCUAGCAAUUGAGCAUUGCGUCCACGAGGCUAGAGGGCUGGACGUGCUUCCCACAACCAUCUGUCGAUUCCGCAACGGAGGUGACGAUGAGACUGCAGAUUUGUUGGAGAAAGUAGUGUACCCAGAAGAAGUAACCCAUUGUGGUGCUGGAGUAAAAUGGUUUAAAUAUCUCUGCGAGAGGUCUGGAAAACUGAUGCUGGAUGAAGAAGAUGAGGCCAAUGCAGUGAAAAUGGAGGACGAAGACAUCAUUAACAAGUUUCAUGAAAUUGUGAGAAACUACUUCAGGGGUCCACUGAAGCCACCAUUCAAUGAAGCCGCAAGAAAAGCCGCCGGCUUUGGCCCUCGAUGGUACGAACCACUUGCUCUCAAAACAGACUCACAAUAAUGGAAGCAACUUUAACUUCUUUUUUCUUCUUUUUUUCAAACUAUUCUUUCUCCAGAACUAUAUAAUUUCGUACUUCUAUAUAGAGAGAAGGGGUCAGAAAUCAUUUGUGUUAAAAGAUGAUGAUUUCUUGAUACUUUAUUUUUUUUAUUUUUUUGUUAGAAUAUAGCAUUAGAAUUGUUGAAAAUUCGAACUUUUAGUGUCUCAUUUUGGGAUAUCGAUGAAUGCUACCUACUUUAAAUGCCCUCCACUCACUU